AUGACCCUGGUCGUGGAAAAGAACGAUGUUCCUACCUUUGUGGAUCUACCACCUGUAGCAAGAGAUAAGACGAGAGGGAAGCACCCAUCUACCGAUGGUCCUUCAGGAACUAAACCCACAUCCAUAGAGACUGACGUCUAUGACAUGACUGAGGAUAUGAAGUUGCUAAUGCUCGUUGUGGCCACCGUCCUCGAUAAGAUGGACGAGGUACACAAGGCAAUGCCUUCAAAGGAAGAAGUGACUAGUGACCUCUGUGCUGUCAAAGCUAAGAAAGAAGCUCUAUCCAACAUCAAGCACCGAAUUGAAGACCUCUCUUCAAGUCUUAAUGAUCUCUCCUCACGUCUUGAUAAUGACAAAGAGGGGGAGAAAGAUGAGGGUAAGAAAAUUGUUGCCAUGGAGACUGCUGAAGCUGCCUCUAAAGACCUUGCUCUUAUUCCUCACACAUAUGUUAUUCUUGCCGCUGAGGAUGCGAUCAACGCUAAUGCUAACGCUAACGCUGAAGCUGAAGACGAUGAUGAUGCCAUGAUAGCUCCGGCUAUUCAUGAAGACCAUCCCUCCACCUUUACAUUGCCAAAUGUUGGUGAUGAGGAUGAUGAUGAAGACGAUGAAGAUGAGGACAAAGAACCUCAUAUCUCUGACGCUAGAAAGGAUCUUGGAGACAAUAAUGAUGAUGAAGAUGACGAUGAUGAUGACUUCAACAUUCAGUUCCAUCAGAGACAACCAGUACUGAAGGGAGUCUUCUUUAGGGAACUAGCUUCCCAGGGGGAGAGACCCUCAGUCUCAGGGAACCAGCACUCCUCCUCCAAAGACAAAGGCAAGGGAGUGGCUAAAGACGGGAAUCUCGCCAUCAUUCUCAAGACAAUCGAUCCAUCUAAGGUAGCUCAAUCCUCCAGGUUUAUACCAUUUUCCUCAUAA